AUGGCGGCGUCCUCCUCCUCCCCGGCGGCGGCGGCGGUUGGGCGAGCGGUGGAGGAGGUGCGUUCGGCGCUGAACGAGCACGCUGACGUGGUGGCCGAGCUCUUCGGCCGCGUCUCCACCGAGCUCCGCGGCGGGUUCGGCCCCGCCGUCGACUCCUUCGUCGGCUUCUUCCACGCCGUCGACUGGAAGGAACCUUGGUUGAUCGGCAUGAUAAGUUUCCAUGCCAUUCUGCUACUGGUAACCAUCAUCUCCAGGAGGAACAUCAAUUUCCAACUUAUCUUGUCAGCCUUAACAUUUUCUGGUGUAUUCCUUGCCGAGAAACUAAACACGUUCUUAGGACAAAACUGGAAGAGCUUCUCAAGCCAGAAUUACUUUGAUCCCCAAGGCCUCUUCAUCUCGGUCAUGUGGUCCGGUCCCUUGCUCCUGAUUACGAUACUUAUUCUGGUGAACACCCUUGUGACACUCUGCAUGCUCAUGGUAAGGUGGAAAAGGGCCGAGCUCAAGCACCGUGCUCGCGAGGCCCGCAGCAAGCAGGAGUGA